AUGCUUGCCGCUCUGGUAGGGCUGGUGGUCUGGAGCUUGUGCUCUGGACUCGGGGCGGCAGCCCUGGCCAGCAACGAAGUCACCGACAAUUUCUUGCUGGAUACACUCGGCCUAAGCGGAAGUGAACCGAGGUACCUGGUCCUGGCGUCCAAGGUGGUGCGGCCCAGCCAGGUGUAUCGGGUGUCCGUGACGCUGCUGUCAGCCGCGUCGCCUCACACAGUGCGGGCCUCCCUGCAGCGGGGUUCCGAGGAGGUUGCCUCGGCCAAGGACCUGCUGUCCUCCGGAGAGACAGCCGUCCUUCUGAUGAAGGUGCCCCAGAGUGCCAAGCCCGGCAAGUACAAGUUUCGGGUGGAGGGCAAUGUGAAUGGAGUCUUGGGAGGCACAGGCUUCAUACAGGAAAGGGAUGUGGAAUUCCAGCCCCAGUUCCUCACCAUCCUCAUCCAGACCAACCAGUUUGUGUAUAACUACGACCAGUCCAUCAAGGCCAGGAUCGUACUCCUCACCACAGAACUGAAGCCCUACACAGAACCGGUCGAUGUGUACUUGACGGACUCUCGAGGCAUUGUAAUGAAGCGGUGGGUCUCGCAGUACCCUUAUUUAGGCUUUGUCAAGAUAAACUUUGAGCUCCCACACGACUUUGCUGUUGGCUUUUGGACUCUGAAAGUUGUGGCUCUCAGCCAAGUAGAAGAGAAGAAGAUCCUUCUAGAGCGGUGGUACACUGAACGCUAUGAUGUUUACGUCACGAUACCACCUUUCGUCCUGGACAGCGACGAAUACUACGAAGGCGAUGUCUCAGCAAACUUCACAACAGUAAAUCCUGUAUAUGGUAACGCAACUAUCAGGCUCUAUGUGAGGCCCACGCUCGUCAAGGACUAUGACGGUGGAGUUCAGAUCUUCGAUCGCUAUCUCGAGGAAUAUGUUCACCAGUUCCAAGCAGGCUACCAGUUCAAGUUCCCAAUGUCCGACCUAAAGGAUCUGGCUGCACCACACUCUCUGGACAAGUGUGAGAUUGAAGUAAAGGCUGCAGUUGGAGAACGCUUCUUGGAUAUCAUUGUUCACGGCUAUGCAAGAUCCAGAAUAAUCAACUCAUCACUCAGCCUCAAAAUUUUGGGGGUGAAGCCUCUGGUCUUUAAGCCAGGAAUGACUUUUACCAUCUAUGUAGCAGUGACCUACCAUGACCUUGUGAAACUGCCUGAAGAGAAACUAAAAGAAUCGAACAUCACUUUGAGCUUCACUGGUCAAGGAGGUGGUGGAGGACUGAAUGAUAUAGAAACACCACCUAACGAAAAAGGAAUGGCCACCGUAGAGAUUACACCACCUGAGGGAACCGAGAAGAUAGUUAUACGGGCUAAGUACCGAGACAAGGAAGAUGUUGUCGAGACAGAAGCUCUUGCUGUAGCUCAGCUCUCUCCUGGCAAGAAGUUCAUUCAGAUAUCAACAAGCACUUCCAAUGGUGUUGCUGGAGAGUAUGCCAUUUUUCAUGUUCGCACCAACUUCUACAUAAAAUUCUUCCAUUAUCUGGUAAUUUCAAAGGGGACCGUGUUACAAGCAGGAGUUCAGAAGGCUUAUGGUCUGCUCCAGACCAUUACCUCCUUCUCAGUUCCCCUUUCACCAGAGAUGGCUCCAGCAAUUAAGGUCAUGGUCUACCAAAUUUCUGGGAAUGGUGAUCUUACUGCUGAUGCAGUCAUUGUGCCAGUGAGGGGUAUCAACAGAGGCAAUUUCUACCUGUGGAAGAAUCUCAAACAAGACCGCUCCAACAAUUUAAUUGAAUUGGUGCCAACCUACACUACUGAAACCAUAGCUGGACUGAACGGUCUAGACAGUGACCUGGUUGCAGUACAAGGGAAGAAUGACCUGACACCGACUUCGGUGAUUGAAUCUUUCUACCGCAUGGAAGAUCACUGGGGGAGCCAUAUCAGAGCAAUAUGGAGAGACCGUGAUGGCAAGCCAGAUGAAGCAGAGUAUUUUGUGACUCCCAGCUUUGCUCCUGAUGUCAACAAAACAUUCAUUUUUUCAGGAUUGAUUGUGGCCACAAAUCUCAACGUCACCACAUUGCCAAAUCCUUGCAAUGAAACAGCUGGAUUCUUGCCUUGUGUGAAUGGAGAAUGCUACCCGAAACAUGCACGUUGCAAUGGCUAUAAAGACUGUUACGAUGGCACUGAUGAAGGAAAUUGUGAACAAGAUGACUUGGAAGACAAGCCUCUGUUUGAGUUUUUCUUGUACAGAACAAACAGGUUUAACAACUUCUUUGAUGCAACUGGUAGUAACUUUGCUUGGCAUCACGUCAAAACAGGCAACCUCAAAGAUAUCUACACACCGUGCAUUGUUCCCAAACCGCCCACAAAUUACAUGUUUAAUGCCAUUGCUGUCAGCAGGAAGUAUGGAUUCGCGAUCAUCGACAAGCCCAUAUAUCACAACAGCAUGAGACCAUUCUACAUGACCUAUGAAGCUCCCUCAACAGCGGUCAUUGGAGAACAAAUCGGCAUUCGUGUGGUCCUUUUCAACUACCAGAGCUACCUAAUCCAGGCAGAGCUGCGUGUACUAGGCUCAGAUGACUACCGCUUUGUCCAAGUAGGACCACUGGGGAGAGUAGGGGCAUAUAACCCUGUUACCACUAAGGGAGAGAUCCAGCACAUUGUCUAUAUUCAGCCAUACCAGCACAUUAUCAUUCAUGUCCCUAUUGUAUCAGUAAAAAUUGGAGACGUGGAGGUGAACCUUGUUGCAACAACUCAAGUAGCAAGGGAGGAAGCUACCAUAUCAAUAACUUUCCUGCCUGAUGGAGUUCCCCUAAGAAUGCACACAUCUCUACUGAUGGAUCUGAGAGCACAAGCUUACAAUCUCAAGUUUCUCGACCUGAAUGUGACUGAAGAUCCCAUCAUCCCUUUCGAGAGCCAGUAUCGACGCUAUCUUUUUGGAUCACCUGCAGCCCAUGUUUCUGUCAUUGGUGACGUUGUGGGAACUCCCCUUGAAGGAAAUGUAGAACCUGAAGACUUUGGCUUUUCAGCAGCAACAAAGUCAGGAGAACAUGCCAUGUUUGGUUUUGCCUACAAUGUGCUCAGGCUUACAUACUUGCGACUUACUGAUCAACUGACACGGGAUAUUGCCAAGCCUAUCUUUGAAAAACUCAACAAAGCUUAUGUUUAUCAGAGUUCUUAUUUCAAGAAUGGAGCUUUCACAAUGUUCAAAAGGCAACCAAGUGUUUGGCUCACUGCAUUCAGCAUUCGUAUGUACGAGUUGGCACUUUUUCCGGACUGGGAGAACUUCAUUUUCAUUGAUCCACGGCUCAUUAGCCAGGGGGUCACUUUCCUUCUGAGCCACCAGCAGCCUAAUGGAGCAUUCUACGAGACAACCAAACAUCCUUGGAACCGCAGAAUGAAUGAAAAGGUUCUUGGAAGGGAUGGAAGGUAUCUCAACAGGAAUGUCACUCUCACAGCACAAGUGGUUUUGGCAUUGUCAAAGGUCACACUAACUGGGGACAUCAGGCAGCAGGCAACAACUGCAAGGGCAGCAGCCGUGAAAUAUCUUGAAAGGCAACUGGCACAGCUCAAGGAUGCCUAUGCUAUUUCAAUCACCACUUACGCUCUACUGGAAGCUGGCUCAAAUGAAGCAGAGUACGGCUACAACCUUCUGGAGUCGAUAAAGCGAGACGCUGAGGGAGCUAUCUACUGGAGUAGUGUGCCCAUUCCACCACCAGUAAUUAUUUCCCAAAGUCAGCGCCCCUUCCUAAUGCCUCGUUUCCCACACCCGGAUGACUCCCUGGCGGUUGAGGCAACGUCGUAUGCUCUCAUCAUCUACCUCAAGCAAGGAGGCCUCUUCCAGGACCAAAUAGUGCGCUGGCUGAACCGCAUGCGCACCACCGACUAUGGCUUCAUUGGAACACAGGACACCAUUGCGGCUUUGGAAGCUCUUACCCAAUACUCAUUUCGAACACACGUCCGUGGCAUCACCGAAAUGAAAGUCACUGUGGAGUCCUCAUCUAACCCUGGCUUCCCAAGUACUCUUCAAAUUUCAAAAAAUGACCUGGCUCGAAGAAAAGUCUUUGAUGUGCAGCCAAAUGUUUGGGGACAUUGUGAUGUCCUCGCAAAGGGCGCAGGUCUUUCUGUGAUCCAAAUGGAUGUUUCCUACAACGUCGACAGAGACUUCCUGCUUGUACCUCCUGCUUACGAGGCAUUUGAGUUGACGCUACAACCUCACUUCUCAGGAAGAAACAGGUCCCACAUCAACAUCAAGAGCUGCGUCCGGUGGACCCUAACAAACAUGAGUGAAGCCAGCGGAGCAGCUGUUCUGGAGCUAGCAAUCCCAACCGGAUACCUGAAUUACCGGCCAACACUUGACGCCUAUGUCAAGUCUCGCGUCGUACCAAGGUUGCGCAUGGCCAAAGUCGCACCAAGAACAGCUGUUUUUAUGUUUGAAUAUUUGACCAAUGAGUGGUCCUGUGUGGACUUCCUGAUUCAGAGGUGGUACCCAGUUGCCAAUUCAACGCGGUAUCUUAAGGCCAAAGUCUACGAGUACAACACCCCAGAAAACUACAAGGAAACAAUCUGGGAGAACUACGACCUGUUUGUGCUGAGCAUAUGCGAAGUGUGUGGCUCCUACCAGUGUCCCUACUGCCCUUACUUCAGCAGUGCCAGCAGCAUUAGCUUGAGCUGGGUACUCAUGUUCAGCACUGCCCUCUUGUGCCAAGAACUCUACCGGAAAGUCACCCAAUGAGGUGCCAGUUUUAAAGGCACCUUGUCAUCAUCACUCAUCGUCAAACUUCAUGUAGGGUCGUCAUAAAAGCAAUCCUUGCUAGCCGGUGGUCGUAACCGCCUUGUCACCUGAACCUGUGAAGCUCCUUCAAUAUGCUUUGUUGUUUCCAAGCCAGAGGUGAGCAUAGUAUUUUUGUUUUGGAAAAAGGGAAGUGCAUGAAAAACAUUGAGAGGAAUUUUGGAUGAGGCUUGUGAAGUGAAAUUGUGCAACUUGCGCAACAAGUUCAAGACUGCACAUAAGGAAGGAGCGUGGCAUUCCCGUGAAGCCAUAAACAGAAAUAUAAAUUGAGUUUUAAGUCAUUUAUUCUUCCGAUCACCGGUUGAUGAGGGGUGUGAUUGUGCUGUUGUACAGAAGGAGAAAAAUAGUGAAACUCUUUGGAAAAUACACCAUACUAUGCUGGUGUUUAAAGAACCCGUCUUUUGUGUUUGCAUUACAGAAGUGUCAUACUGGGUGGUUUUACUGCAGAUGUACCGAGUGAAAGCAUUGCACAUGUGCGAGUGUACAGAAGUGUGAGGGGACCAUGUUUGAUGCGUUCAUUACAUUUCAUCUGAUAUGUACUCAUGAGAUUUUAAUUUUUCAGCAGAUCAUCGGUAGAUUGUCACAUUUAGAUUCCGUACAAAGAACAUAGUGUAAAACUAGAAUGAGCAAAAACUGUAUAAUUGCUUUCAUUAGCUGCCAAGUACUCAUUUAAAUUGAAUCAAUUGAAUUUACCUCCACUGAUUGUGGACUAGCUAUGGCCAAAAAUAGUGAAUGUCUUGGAAAGGCAACAAAUAUAAACAUGUUUCAGCAAAGUUGAAAUAUCAACGUCCAACUCUUAAAAAGAUUGCUUUACUACACUGUUCAAGAACCCAGGCCUUGCAGAUUUCCUCCAACGAGCACCUCACAAUGUAGCUCAUAAGAGACGAAGAGCCAUUCCUCUAAAAAAUCUGAGGAAGCAAUAGUUUUAUAUACCUAUUGAUUAGUCUUAUGAAUUAUGGCUUUAGAAAUAAAAUUCCAGUGGCGGACAAGUUAAAUAUUUUAGAGCAAUAGAAAACAAGUUUGCCCAUAUUCAUAAACGAAAUUCUGGUACUUCUAGGGCUUGAUAAAAACAAGCCCAUUUACGCAACCAAAAGCACCCCCAUUGACUUUAUCUGCUGCUAAAAAAGAUUUGUGAGCCAUGCUUCUUUCUGGUUAGUAUUAUUUGAUAUAGCAUUUGAAAUUUGACCAUGAGUAGCAGUUGUCUUAUUUCUGGACCUGAAUAUCUUACCAGUACCCUUAUUCCUCAGUAGCAGGGAUAUUUAAAUUAAAAUAUGUCAGCAUAUACAGAAUAUGAGAUCUACAGUGAAACUUCCCGGUUGUCAAUAUGGAUUUAUUUGACUAACAUUCUUGAUUGUGUACUUGUGCCACUUUAUUUAUGAUUUUGUCAGUUGACAUUCAAUCAGAAGGCAGAAAUAUGGAGGAAAUGAUAUCUACUUAAAUUCACCUGAUCAUAAAAAGAGGUGCACUUUCUGUAGUGAGAAUUACUUCAUACACUUGUCAAGAUAUUAAAACAGUAUGUGCAUGUCACUGAAAAAGAUGUUAGUGCAUUGCAUCUUUUGUAAGCGAGACUUAAUGAAAGCCCAGAAUAGCUCAGUAUCUGAGAAUACUGUUUUGCCCACAAUAAAGCCAGUGCCUUUCUAGUAUAUUAGUGGUCUCUGCAGCAGAGGAAAAUGUUUUUUUUAAUGAUGUAAUGUUGCAGAUAUAACUAUAAUGAAACAGAAAAGUAUACAUAUAUAUUGUAUGGGUGCUGUGCUUUCAUAAUUGUGAAACUAAAGUUUUUUUCAUAGGCGUCUUUUUUAGUAACUGCACGCAUGAAACAUUAUUAUACUGUACAUAUUUAUUUCAGUAUCAUGUCGUAACUUGGGAUAUAAGCUGUUGCACACAUCAUGUUUGUAAAACUUUUUAUUAUGGAGUAAAAAUGGAGUAUGCUUUU